UAUAAAUACAGCAGAAAAAAAAAACACGUCCACGGCACGAAAAAACAAUUAUUUUAGACAAUAUUAGCGUAUCUAUAAUAUCAGUACCUAUAUAUUAUAUACCUAUGUAUUAUUGUUGUUUACCAUUUUAUUUCCUGUCUAGUUAGGCACCAAACCAAACUAUUCCGACACUACGAUCAUAAUCGCACGACUAUUAUUUCGUCACAGUAACGAUGAUGAUGACUACUAUAUUGUAGUUAGUACCUGUAUAGCUGCUACACAACAACGGCAGGGCGGCCGCGGCAGCGUACCUAUACGAACGAUUUCAAACUACCGACGGCAACAGUACUAAAACUGCAAUCAAAUCAUGCACACAUUCGCUUGAACGUAAUGAUAAUAUAAAAUAAUACUUGCAUUUAUUUGACUGUGUACUAUUCAUUAUGUACCCGCGUUCGAUAAAUUCGCACUGAUCGCAUACGGUUCAUCGGCGUUUAGUGAUAAUCGGUGAUUUAACAUCCGGGAAAAUCGCGCGUUUUUUAACACAAUAAUUAUUUUGACGACGAUUACUUUGCCUACCGUGAUCAUUGUGUUUGCAUUUUAAAUCACUACGAUAAUAUAGUCGUUUGUGUCACGGAGUUAUCGUCGAUCGAUCGGUUGCGAAGAGAAUUAAACGCUGCGCUUUCUAAUACAAAGGUAAAUAAUAAUUGAAAACAAAUGCUUAACAUAAUAGUUUCGAAUAAUAUCGAAUAUUUUGUCCGAUCGAUUUUUUUUUUCGUUUAAAAUUCGUGUAGGUAACAAAACACAAAACGAUAUUUUGACAUCGAUUGCAGUAGAAUUAUUGUAUAACAAUUGUAAAAUACCUGCAUAAAUCUACCAUAGUACAUAAUAUACCAAAUCUAAAGUUGUACGUCUAAUUUAUAUUUUAUAAUAAACUCUCUAGCAUAAUUUCAAUGUUAUUGUAAUUUAUUAUUCUUAGGUAUAGGUACAUAAAAAUAUGGACAUUAAUUUGAAAAUGAUACACAUAUUUUAUUAUUAUUAUAAUUGCAUACAAAAAGAAAUUAAAAGGGAAUAUGUUACAAAAACGUAGAAAUAUAUCAUUAGAAUAAUAUUAGGUAUGUAUUUAAUAUUUAUGUACAUAAAUUAACUAGUAAUAUUAUUUACUUUAAUAUUAAUUAUAAAUUAAUAAUAAUAACAGUGAAAAUAUCAAAUCCACAUCCAGAUCUUGUUUUGAAUUUUGAGUAUAUCUUAUAGUGAGUACAAACUGUUAAUGUUUUAUAAUUUACGGUAAUUCUGAAUCAAUAUUUUAUUAUCUAGGCGGAACAUUUAAAAUCGACAAAAGUAGGCACUUAUACGUACAUUGAUUUGAUAAACUUUUCAUAUGAUUUUUACACUUAUGACUUUGGCUUAUAAUUUAUGAAUCAUAUUUAUUUAUUUUAUAUAUUUCAUUUAUGGUGCUAUGCAGUACUUAUAUAUUUUAAAAUUACUACAUAAAACAUAAUUUCAUUAGAUAAUAAAUUUUUUGUUACAUAAAUAUUUUCGUAACUGUGUAAUCAUAAUAUUUUUUUUAUGACUUUAAUUCUUUAAGGGCUUUCUAUAUUACAUUUUCAAGGUUAUAUGUACGUACCUAUUUUAAUGCGUAUACUUGGGAUCAUACUUGGUUUCACAAAUAUUAUUCAAACAGAAAGAUCAAAUUUUCUAAUUAAAACUGCAAAAAUAUAAAUACACUUUUUGUGUAAUGUUUAAAUCAUUAAACGUACCCAUAUUGUACUUACAUAUAAUAUAAGUUAAUUCUAACAAAACAAGUUCCUAUAACAUUCGAUAUUCGUGACAAACAGAUGAAAAUAUUGUGUUCUCUGUCAUUAUUAAUUUUAAGAAACCAGCAGUCGGCACUGUGUGGAUAUAGCCUGGAAUAAAUUAAAAGUGUGUAAGUGCGGAUUAGAAAAGUUUGUAAACGUACCUAAUAUAUAGUAGUCAGUAAUUAUAUAAAAAAAGAAGUAAAUGCCAGUUAUUAAUAGUUAACAUUCUUUUAAUAGAAAAUAACGAUAAUAUAGAAGAUACACGAAGAAGACAAUUUAAAUAAGAUAUCAUAUCUGAGUUGUUUUAAUUAGUUGUUGGGACAUAAGUUUAUUGACUAGUGAUAUAAAUCUAGAUUAUCUGAAAAUCCGAAAAAUUUGAAUUUAGAGUUACAAAAUUCAAGUUUUUGAUUUUGUUGUAUUUUCUCUAAUUAACAAAUACUUAUUUAAUGAUUUGUGUAAAAAAUAUAUGUCUGAAAGCCGGAUAUUAUAUGUAUUUUCGAUUUAGGAUUUAAAAUUCCGGUUUAUCGAACUUUGGGAAAUUCUGAUUUUAUUUUCCACCACUAACCAACCUUUGAGUUUUUAUAAUAAUAAAAAUAAAAAAAUGAUUUUAUUAAUAAAAAAAAUCGAGAUAGUUUUUUUUUUGUUAUUUAAGUGAUAGAGAUAUAUAUACAGAAAUGAUGGUAGGUGAAACUGGUACACAGUGAUGGAUACCCUUCCUUCAUUGUAUCAUCAGACAAAUAAUGUGCAGUAUACAUUAAUGGGGCUGUAUUGAUUUAAGAAACUGUAAUAUAUUUCCAUAUUACAUUCAACCACUAGAUACUUUAUCUGCGAAUACCUAAUAUAAUAAUAAGUGAAAAUGUAUUAAUAGUUUAAAUAAGUACAGUUUUUAAUAAAUUACCUAUAUAAAUGACUUAUGUAGUUGACCAUUGUUUAUUUGUUUAUAACAUUAUUACUAUAAUUAUUAUUGUUUUAAUAAAAUACAUAUUAAGGAUAAAUAAGUGAUGACAUCUAUAAAAUAAUAUAUACAAUUAUGCCGGUUUAAAUAUUUAUUUAUUUAUUGUUGCACUUAUUUUUUUCGAUGUUUUUUUCUAAAUUAUGAAAUUUUGUUAGGCACCUACUACAAUAUUGUCAUUUUAACUUUUUAUUAAAUAUGCUACCAUAAUAGUUUUAGUUAUAGUAAUGGCGUCUUUUUUUUAUCAAAUUUAUUUUCUGAAAAAACAUGACGGGUUUGUAAACACAAUUAUAAAUAUCACACAGUUAUUUCAUGUCUACCUUGAUUAUUCAUAUUAAACAUGUUACGUAAUACACCAAUAGUCAAUACAAUAGUUUUUACCGAGAAUGCAUGAAAUGUAAAAACAUUUCAAUGUAGGUAGGUAACCUUUUAUUUUUAAAAUAUAAUAUAUUAAUCAUAUUAAAAUUCAAUCGUACUAUAUAUUGACAGUUUAAUUAACAUUAAUUAACAUAUUCUAUGUAAUGUUUACUAUGAAAAGUACCUACGAUUCCUGUAAACACGCCGUUCUCUUUACCUUUCAUUUGUAAAAGUUAUAUCAGUUUUAUAUCACAAUUAUAGAUUUUCAAAUUUUACUUUCACAAAAAAAUUAUAAAUUCUAUUUUUUCUUCUGUUUGAGUAUAAAUUUAAAAAUAGUAAACGUGACGGUUUACGCAAUAGCAAAACUUGCAAAAAUAUUUUUUUAAUAUUGCAAACAUAAAUACUAUAGUUUUAAGAAUAAUAAGUUAUUAUAUUAUUUUAGUUUGAAUAUAAUUACGUUUAUUAUUUAUUAGCCUGAUUCUCCUUCACCUUCAUUUUAUCUCACGCCUUCAUUCCAUGUAUAUUAUUCAAUUUUUUGUUUUUAAUGUUUAACCGUACGGUUAGUUAACAACAUAUAACUUCGAAUUUUAUUCCUCCCGAUUCUUUGCUAGCAGCCAGGGUCCACUAGAAUGGAAUGUCAAUUUAAUUAUUGUUCAGCUAGGUAUUUUAAUGAGAUAGUUUCCCGUUGUCUUUCUCAGUAUAAUAUAAUAGUCGCUAUCUUAGUAUUAAGAUCAUUUACUAUUAUCUAGUUUAUAACUAUACCUGAUAUUACAGCAUCUAUCUAGAUUAGAUGCUGCCUACCUCUAGGUCUCUUUUAGUUUUCUUUUAUGACAGUCAGAGACGAACCAUGGGUAUAUUCUACCUGUAAGACCUGUAAGGACCUGUAAGACAGUAGAGACCCGGUAGAAAUAAUAUUGUUAUUUCCAUGAAAAUUUGUGUAUAAGUAGUAUCGAGUUAAUAUUAAUUUUUAAAUUACUAUAACCAUAACUCAUUCAAUAAAUGAAUAUGUACGUUAUACUAAAACGAUAAAAUUAUAUAAAAUUUACCAUCAUAUUUCCUAAUUUUCCCAGUCGACACAACUCACUGAUUGUAAGUUUUACCAGAUGAACCAAGAGUUCCUAUUUCAGAACAAUACAUGUUAUACUAUAGGAGUUACGUCAUAUAUUAUGCGUAUUCGGUUUAACUAUGUAGGUAGGUAGAUAUGUAUAUUGUAAUUUUAGCAGAAAUUAUUUGUAAGUUAUAUUGUACAUUAAGAAAUUAAGUUAAUUUAAAGUAGAAAUAAUAAUUGUCAUAUGUUAGGAAUAUAUUAUUAUAAUGAAUUUUCGGUAAUUAAAAUUGUAUGGUUAACAAAAAAAGUACAUUCAAAAAGUGAGUUAAUUAAUUAUCGUGAUAAUUUCUUAGAAAAAACUAUCGAAUGGUUGAGAUUCGUUUUACCUGUAGGUAAUAAAUUAAAAGUUAUACUAAGUUGAUACAAUUUUAACAAUUAAAAAUAUCGUAGAUACUUUUAGUACCUAUUUAAAUUGUUGUAUUGAAUAUAGAAUAUUUUUCUCAAAUUAAUUGAUUUGUCAUCAGAAUAUAAUAUAUAAUUUUCUGCUUGCAAAUUUUAGUGUUUAAAAUUAUAUUCAUCAAAGAAUAUAAUAUUCUACUUAUUUGGAGAGAAAAAUUGUUAAAUUACCUACUUAUUGUUUGCAAGUUUUUAAAAUAUAUUUAUUGUUUAGGUGUAUAUAUAUAUAAAAAAAAAAAUAUUUAAUUUGUCGUAUAGUCCGACUAUUUUGCAAUAAUAUAUUAGCCUGUUAGGUAUACUAACACCAAACUAUUGUAUUUCUUAUCAGCAGGUAUUAUUUUAAAAAUAUUUGUUUUGAGUAGUAGAUAGAUUUAUGAGUUAAAAAAUAACUAUGUUAUAGUUUUGUAAAUUUUAAAUGUUAUUAGUGUAUCUACAUAUCUUUGUACCUGCAUUAUACAUUUAAUUGAGAUAGCAAAACUACUUUAGAACAUCUAUUAUCUAGAUAAAUAUCAAUGUGUAUACUUACUACACAGUAUUCCAAUAGAAACAAUUUAUUUCUGCACGAACAGUAUUGUUUGAAAGUCAACGCACAACAAUAAUAAAAAAAAACACUAACCAUAGAUAAUAUUCUAAACGAGACUGUCUGACUGACGUCAGUGUAUUGUUUUUAAGAGAACAUGUUACCCGUGAUGUGUCUCCGUCUUACAAACCUACGAAAUAGCAAAUUUACGUUCAGCAGGGACAACUUUGUGCUGUUAGUUUAAUAUUAGAGUGAAUUAACCUACUAUCAUACUUAAAGAUAAGAACAUUAAUUGUGCAACACUGGUACUAUUUUUUCAAUAUUUUAAUUUUCAAGCGAGGUAUAAGCAUCAUUAAAUGUAUGAUAAUAAAUUCACAUAUUCAUAUAUCUCUUAAAAAUUAAAAUAUAGAAAAAAAAGCACCAAUGUUGUACAGAUAAUUCUGAUGAUUCUUACCUUAUUCUAUUUUGAGGAUUCUUAAGUUUUAUAUAAGUCAAUUCAUUCUAAUAUUAAAACUAAUUGCACAAAUAUUGUUCAUGUUGAACGCAAAUUUGCUAUGUUACACGUUUUUAAAUGAGAGACAGCAUGUGUGAGUAUUAUGUCUUCCUAAUGUGGCAUCAUCAAAUCGUUUAUCAUAUUCUUAUAAUCGAAAUUUGAAAUUAUAGUACAAAAUGUAGUUAUAUACUCAUGUAAUUAGUAUAUUUUAAAAAAUGCUGAGUAACUCAUAAAUUUGGAUAAUUAGAUCUAAACCAAUCAAAGAUAACGGUUCUAAUUAGUAAAUAAAUAAUGUUGACGUAUACAUAACAACACAGUGGGGACAUCUUAUAAAAGAUAUGGGUAAUCGUAGAUAAUUACUCAAAAUACUUGUAGUGUGUACAAUAAAUUUUCUUAACAUUCAAUAUUGUUUAGAUUAUCAUAUUUAUCAGCACUUAACCAUUAAGUCAUUGUUGGGGAGGUGAAAGCAGUCAUUACUAAGUAAAAUGUGUAUUUAUUUUAUAUUUUCAUAAAGGAGAGAAAAAACAAAAAAAUAAUAACGACAAUGGGUAUUUAAAAAUAUGCAUCAAAUUUUUCACUCUAUGCGUGAGAUUUUUGAAAAAAUCUACAAACGUAUUGUAUAAUAAAAUAGGCUGAGGAUCACUGACGUAUAAGAUAUAGGUACCUAAUCUUAUCUAAUCUAACCUAACCUAUUCAGCUAACAAUAAUAUAAUUUUCUUUUAAACUAAUUUAUUUGAUACCUAAACUUAUAAGUUUAAAGAAAAAUAAAUGUUUGUCAAUUGUUGUAUUAAUAAAAACUUUUUAAAUUUGUCUGUUUGGUUAUUAGAUUAUUUUGAAUAUUGCGAUACGCGUAGACCAUUGAACCGAUUAGAACUGUUAUUUUAACAACUAUUUUGAUUUGAAAAAAUGUAAGGUAUCUAUUCAAUUUAAAAUCUGUUUGACUAUUAUGAGCAUAACAAAGAAACUAUAUAAAAUAGCCAAUUAGGUAUAGGUAUUAAUAUUAUAAUAAUUAAAAAACUAAUAGGUUCUUACUUGUAAGUAUUUAUUAUAACUAGAAAUAAGAUUUUGAUGACAUUUUUUUAUUAUUUAUUUUAGUCAGUUUCGUGGUAACCGUUAUCUGGUUUCCUAGCAACACAUAAAUAAGCUAUUAAAAAAAAAAAACCAUACAUUACAUAGAACAAAAAUUGAUCGAAAAAAAUCUUGAAAAAUGUAAAAAUAAAAACUAUCACACUAGGUAGAUAUAUCACUAUUCAAACAACAAAUACGUAGCGUAGAUAAUUUCCAACCUUUAAUACGUUAUAAUAUUUGUGUUUACCUAUAGUGAAAAAAUAAUUGAAUGUCAUUUUAAAAUUUCCCUAUUUUCCUACAUUCAAAAAAUAAUAAUGCGAGAAUUAAAUAUUUUAAAUUCUAUGGUAGGUAUGGAAAUAUUUAUUAUUAUGAACAUUGGACAUAUUUUGUAAAAAUAAAAUCGUUAGACCUGAUUUUCUGUACGUAUCAGCAUUUUUUUUUUUCUGUGAAAAUAUUAUGGUUGGUUAUUAUUGUCAAAGAAUACAAAUGUUAAUCAUAAAUAGUUGACUUGACUACAUAGUCAGUUUAAUAUAUUUUUUAUAACUUAGAAUGUAUAAAAAAUAGUUAGAAAAAUCAUUAAAAUAAAUACAUACUUACCUCAGUAUUUACACCAUGAUGAAAAAAUUUAAAAAAUGAACUACAUAGAAGAUAAUAUAAAAUAAACUAUAUGCAUAUUAUACAAACGUUUAUUGUUUGUAAAAUCAAUGUUGCUAAUAAUUAUGUUAUGUAUAUUAUUUAUAUUUUAUGAAAGUCACGAUUCAAAUAAUUUAUAAGGCAUGACCUCUUAAAAACCUAUGUGCAGUUCAAACAAACCCUAAUUUAUUAACUUAGGAAAAAAGACAAAGUUUAACAUAAUAUUAUGAUAUAUAUUAUAAUCUGUUUUAAUAUAGUUAUCAGUAUUUUAUAUAAUGUGUCUACCGAAAAAAUUGAACAUCAUAUCGAGUCAUUUCAAAAUUCUCUUAAAUUCAAAAAAAUAAUAAUGCAAGAUUUAAAUAUUAUAAAUUCUAAAAGCGCGUUAUGUAGUAUUGUAGGAAACAUUGUAAUUUGCUACACGUUAUGUCUUACACCAGAUUGUAGCCCCAGCAAUAUUUUGUUACCCUUCAAAUUAUGUCUACGUUGUAUUAUUUUUGGAUUUGUUCUAUUGUGCAAUAAAAGCCAAUACCUAAUCGAUUUUCUAUUUGUAAUAAAACAAUGUUAAAUAAGUAGUGCGUACGGUACCUAUAGUAAUUGAUUGUGAGCACUGAGCAAUGUAAUAUCGGUGCAGAAGUGACUGAAUAUAAGCGAUCAUUCGAAUUAGUGAAAUGGAGAUGAUUUAUUACGAGAAACGCCCUGAAGAUAAAUUUAUAAUAUAUUUAAGAUUUUCAUUUAUAGAUAUAGAGAUAUAGUUAUAAUUCCUUAAUAAAAUAAUUUUUAAUAUUAUUUCUGUAGGUAUACCUUACUCAGAAUUAUUGUUUAGUUUUGAUUUUUUUUUUUUUGUAUAAAUUGGUUCAUCUUCGAUUUCAGUUCCAAAAUAACAAUUAAAUACUGAUUGCUUAUCACUUAAAUACCUGUAAAGUUUCCUAUGAGAUCAAUAAUAUGAAUAAAAAAAAUUAUAUGUUUUUACUAAAGUGGACGGAUAUAAGGUUCAGUCACUUAUUAGACUCAAAAUCACUCAGAGCAGUCCGGACAUAUCCAAAUAUAUUCUAUCCUUUCUCAACUUUGCCUAUAAGGUUCAUUCGGUUAUAGGAUUCAUUUUGGGACCAGCACAAAGUGAGUCUUAUAAGCGACGCCCACUGUAUUUUAAUACAUAAUAAUCAUGUUAGUCACAUACGUUUCACCGAACUAGAUUAAAAAAAUGUUAAUGAUUUAUUUAGCGGGUUACAUUAAAUUGUAGCCCGCGGAUAAUAAAUUUAAAUUUGUUAUCCGUUAAACUAUUUAAACACGGUUAUUAUUAAUUAUUAGGUAUCGAUAACUGUUUGAACGACAAAAAUGUUUAAUAUUCACCGCGAUCUAAGAUGUGACAGGUACGUAUUAUUUAUUCGGCCUUGUCUAUAAUAAUGUUCUACUUGCUUGUACAUCACCAGUGUCAAACAGUUAAAACCUUCUCCGCAUGGAAUCCAUUAACACUACUUACAUUUCAAGAUUAAUAAAUAAACAUCGUGUACAUAUAUAUUAUAUAGAUAUAUGCACAGAUAAUAAUAAUUAUAUAAUAUAGUUUUUAAUUGGACAAAUGUUUCGCUAAAAUAACUAUAAUAUGCUAUUCAAGACAAAGAAAUAAUGGCGGUUAUUCAAUACGUACACAUAGUCACCGAAAUAAUUUUAAAGUAAAAAUUAUUCACUUAAAAAAGGUUUAAUUUUUGAUUUAAAAUUUUAUUCCAGUAUUUAUCAUCAAAAGGUUAAAACAUUUUCCCAUGCGUAUUAAAUGAGAUUUACAGCGAAACACAAUAGACGGUGCAAAAAAAAAAAAAAAAAAAAACCAUAACUAAUAAAUACCUUCCGACACAUAAAGAUAAAAAUAUUUCAUUUUCCGAUCAACCUCCAUAUUUAGAUCUGAAAAACUUCAAGGCUGGCUAUGUCGUACAAUUCAACGUCAUAAUAUUUAUGCUUCACUGAACCACGGACCUCGGAAAUAUCAAAAUAUUUGUUCAAAAACUUCAUGGUAAAUCUGCACAGCUUCGUAAAAUUAAACGUUAUAACUGUGUGUACCCACCUUGAGACUAACAAUAGCCAAAAAAUAAUAUAUAGCUUUGAGCUAUGCAAUGCAGUUCAUAAUUUAUAAAAUAUAAGUCUGGGAAUUUCAAUUAUACAUAUGUAUAAUUUAUACACAGGAAAUUCAACACAGAACGAUUUUAAUAAGAAAACCAAGGUUCGCACAUUUGAAAAUGAAUGUUUUAAUAUUACUUUCGCGUUAAAGAAAUCUUUACUGGUAUGCAUUUGUGAGGGUUCGAUUUGUUCGCAGAACCAGAAAUAAUCAAUUUUUUCACUUCAUAUAUAAUUUCCAUCUAAAAAAUAUAAAAAUCAUAUUACACACGGGUAUUCUUGUUUCCAUACCCUUUAGGUACGCCAAGGUGCUUUAUAUUGUUGAUAACAUUUUUCUUUCUCCGGAAUUUCACAUUUUAUCAGUUAUUUUAAAGAAUAUUAUAAAAUAUUAUUAAAUAACCGUAGAAAUAUACCAAGUUUUUUGUGUAAGUAUUAUAUAAUAUAGAUAACAAUGCAUUACUCUUAUUCUUUAAAAAGUCCAAAUGUAUACGCUAUAUGUUCCAAUCGCAUUUAAAUGGUUUAAAAGUUUAAAUUCGAAUAAUUUUAUAAUAUGAUAUUUUAUAAACGAUCGAAACAUUUCGGAAUUUCAAUAUAUUUUGAUAACUCUAACAAAUUAAUUAUUUUACUUAUAUGAUUAUCAUAAGUAUAAUGAUUUACAAAAAUAAACAAGUACAAGUACAAGUCGUACUUUAAAAGUUAAAUAAAUGUUUAAGUUUAGUUUUAAGAUAAAUUAUAUACUUGUAUUUUAUAAUAAACUAAAUUGCAAUGACUCUGAAUAUAAUAAUUACCAAUGUUCAUAUAAAAAUCAUUAUACCAUGGCUAAGUAGAUACUUGUGGUUUUUGUUAGAACAAUAUACGAGACUAACAGGUAGUUUCCCACUGUUUCUUCUUUUAUUUGACCUUCACGUCCUUCGCAGCAGCUGGUUUUUCAUAAUAUUAAAACAAAUACAAAUUGACAAAAAAAUAUAUAAAACAUAAUUAAAGUGCAAUCUAAGUCAACCAUUAUUAAUUUAUAUAUAUAUAUAUAUAUAUUUAUUAUAAAAACAUUGUCAUACGAAUAAAAAUAUGUUGCCAUUGUUAAUGAACAGAGUGCAAUCCAAAUGUGGACAGAGAUUCUAAUAAAUGUACAGAAGAUGUCGAACCGAGUGAUGCAUUAAUGCAUUGUAAAGGUAUAUUAUGUAUUUAAUAAAACCCCAAAAGGACAUAACUCACAUAAUAAAAAUGAAUGAAAUUACUUUUCAGUAAGAGCAGAUAGACAGCGUAAAAAGUGAGAGUUUUUUAGUCACGAAUGUAAACAGUUUUUCUUUUUUUAUGUUUACACAUUAUGGUUCAAUAGAUAUUUUCUUGUUAUGGGCGGAACGUUAUUUUCAAACGUGAUUUACAAACCUAAUAAUAAUAUAUGUGUUAUCGAUUUUGUAUUUUAAGGUUAAUACGUACUAAAAUCGAUUGUAGAUUUUUAUCUUUUUAUUGUCGCGAAGGUGAUGGUGAACUUGAUGAGAAAAUAAUACGGUUUGACGAUGAAUAGAAUUGAGAAUUGACUCAUCAGGGUUAAUAUUUUAUCAAUCGUAAUCAAAUUUAGAACGAGUAACUGGUUUGGUAGGUAUCUAUAUCAAAAUGAUAAUGCUUUGACUAAGAGUUCUAAUAUUUCGUAUAAAUAUAAAGUUGUAAAAGAUAUUUGUUUAAUAUAUUUAAUUUCGUCACCAUUCGUCUCGGCGUUUACGUGAAACGGAUAGAAAACAAAUUACCGAGUUUUUUUUAUCCCGUAACUAUUUUUCACUUAAAUUAUAUAAUCAAAGAGAAAAUAAUGAAUUCUCAUAUUACACUGAUAAAUCAUAUAUAGCGUGAAGAGAAAACAGAAAUCGCAAUAAAAUAUUACUCCAUUCAUGUAAACGGUUUUUCUAUAAAUGUACCUAUACAUGUUUAGAAAAUAAAAAGAAGCUGAAAUGAAGUUACUGGAAUAAUAAAUGAAAUUGUAAUUAUGAUUAUAGACCAGAACUAAAUCAGUGACUAGACCGACUAUGGAAAUGUCCGGUAUGAUCGAUAUAAAGUUACCGUCUAAAGGGAGAAAAUUCGGUUCGUGGAAGGUACGUAGUUAGGAUUUUAUUAUUUUAUCGAUAAUUAAUAAUAUUGUUUUUAAAUUUUUCUUUAGACUAAUCAAUAUCUACAUCACACGCCAUUUGUAUAAAAUAUAGGUUGAUCAACAUAACGUUAGACACUCAUUAUCUCGAAAUAUAUUAACUUUUUAAAAAAAUUUAAGAAAUAAGCUGUUUUGAAAUGUUACAAUGCCGUUAUUUUUGACCCCUUUAUUUUAUAGGAUGAAACCCUAUCCAUUUUUGAUUUACAAAUAGGAACCUAUACUAAAAAUCCUAUUAAAAAGAUGAAUAGUUUAAGUUUAAAUAAAUUUCGGUGUUAAAAUUAUUGAUUUCCGUCAAUUCGUUGGCGAGAUAUUCCACUUUUAAGUUCGGAUAUAAGGAGAUGUAUUGUGGAGUAUAAUUUGUAUGGUGGCGCGGCGAGCGGCAUUUAAAUAGUUUUCCAAACUUCUCUUCCUACACAUUUAAUAGCAUACUAGCUUACUGCCUGUUCCUAUGAUUUGUUGUAAAACAAGUUGCGAAAAAAGUUAAUACUUUCUUAUGUAAAUAACUUAUUACUAAUAAGUGUUUUACCUAAUGUUGAUAAUUUUUUUUUGUUUUUCCUCAGGCAUAAAACAUUUUCAGCAAGCCACUGGUAUCAGUUAUUUCACAAUUCAAUUUUUUAUUAUUCAUGAAAAGCGGCAAAUCGCCCAUUUUAAAUUAGCAAAUGGUAUUGGCUUAUUUUACACAUAGUUCCGAAGCAUAUGCACCAUGUACGUUUUGGUAAAAUGCCUAUCGCUUGGAACAAAAAAUGAUAAUGAGUGAUAAUGAUUAUGACGAUUUGUGAAAUAACAAUAUAACAAUACUUUAAUACACGUCAUUUUCUGUUAAUAAAAUAAAAAAGGCCUUUGGGGGGAAUGUAUCCCCUAUAUCCCCUCGUAAAUACGCCCGUAGAACAACGACUAAAAAUAUUUAUGUUUUGGUAAAAAAAUUUAAUUAAUAAUUGCAGGUGGGAAAUUGAGAAGGUUGGUUACAUACAGUAUUAUUUAAUUAAAAUCACUUGGAAAAUUCAAAAAAUGACCUCUUUAAUACACCAACUUGAUAGAACAUUCAGAAAAGAUGCUACACUUGAUAUAUUGGAGCAUGUAUUAUUUUCAAAAAGUUGUUAUAGAUAAAAAUAGAUAAAAGAAUACACAUCUUAGUAAAACUAUUAAAUGAAAGAUUUACUUUCCGAAUCUAUUAAUUAUGUUACCUUAGUUAUUAUUUCGAUUACCCUACAAUUAUGUAGCAGUUUGUAAUCGCAUUUGCUAAUUAACUAUUAUUAUGGAUAAUUAUGUACACUUUUAUUUUCUGAUCAUUCAAAGAAUGAUUAAAAAUAACGAAUUCAAUAAAAAUAAAAAGCUGAAACGUUAACAUUUUCAAAAGAAUAAACUCUAUAAAAUGGCUGUCUUUAAAUUGUUCAAAAAUAAGAAAAUAAAACUUCAUUUUUUUUUUAACUGUUUUACCGAAACAUGAAAAAUGUAAUUAAAAAAAAAAUAUUUGUAGUCCUUAUCCCUCUAAAGUCUAAAUAAUACAUAAAAAAAAAAAAAAAAAACACACAAUUAGAUUAUUGUUAUCUCAGAAGAUAUUAUUCAAUAGGUAUAUUAUCGUGGGACACUUUUAUGACGUAAUCAAACACGUUUGAAAGAUGAGGGACGAUGGUGUCUCUUGCAAUAACCGAGAUCAGCGCUACCUACAGUUGAAUUUAGAUCCCAUAAAAACAUUAAAAACAAUCGAUAAAUGCGUAUUUUUACUUUUAUAACACGAUUAGAUUUUGAUUUUAUGUUUAUCUAGACGUGGAAAAAUCAAUGGUGCGAGAUUCACAAAAAGGAAUCCAGUAUGGUCAUCAAUAUAGGGCACAAUGAAGGGAAUGUAACGUCUUGUUUAGCAGUACCUAACAACGCAAUUAUCUACAGAAUUAAAUCCAGGUUAUUAUAUUCAGUAUAUAAUAUUAAUAACAAUAAUAAUACAAAUUUAAAAUAUUAAUGUACAUUCAUAAUUAUUGUUCCGGCAUUAUUUAUAGGACUAAAGCAUAUGCUUUUGGAAUAUUUUAUGCAGGAGAAAAAGAACAACAGCCGUGUAUUUUUCUGGCCGGAAAAUCAGAAACCGAAUCACAAAAUUGGAUGCGAUCAAUGAGAGAUAUUUUAAAACCACCUGUACAUCCAAGUAAGAUUAAUCACAAUUACAGAUAUUUAAAUUAUAUAAAUUAUAUAACAUUUUUUUUUUUUUAGAUUGAAUUAAAAUAAAAAAUUAUAAUUUUAUAAUAAUUUGAAAACAUUUAUUAACAUUCACUCUUAGAUUGUUUAAAAUAAUGAAUUUUUUUUUUAUUUUCAUACAUAUUUUGUAUUUCUUCUAAAGUUUAAAUUUUUUUCUAUAUUUGGCAAUCGGUUCUAUAUUAUGUUCAACCCACGUGGUAUUAUCAUCUAUGUAAAAAAAAAUAAAAAAAUUUAUUGUGCUACAUCUAUAUUUGAAGAAGUUCGUAUUUUUUUUUAUAACGUAGUGAUUUAUAUUGAUAAUUGGCUCUUAAUUUAUAGUAAAGAUUUUUCCCUUAUUGAAUUUUCGUUAUUAAUUCUCAUAUCGUCAAAUAUAAAUAUUAAAACGGUAUAUCAUAAUUUAUGAUAGUCAUCAUUUAAUAACCGUUAUUUAAAUAGUAGUUUUGUAUAAAUAACCAAUUAAACACUUUUGCUUUUUUUUUUUUUUUUUUUUAAGAAAUAUUAUUACAUCUAUGAAAUAAUUUUAGUUUAUGAAAGUUAUUAGUGAAACAGACAACAUAGACGAAUUAAAAAAAAAAUAUAUAUAUUUGUGAAUUAAAUUACAAAUUAUUUCGAUCGCCUAUAAUAGCAUUAUGUUAAGUAAUUUUGUCACAGACGUGGCGCUUUUGCACUUUUCUCUAGAAUCAUAAAUUAUAAUUGCUUAUUCGAAAGCUCGACCAGAAGAAAAUAAUGCAUACAUCGAUCUGGAUUCUGGUUACCAAUCCACUCUGGAUAAUCGCGUGCAUUUAUCGUAUAGUAAUAUUUUGUUAAUUUUGUUUAUUAACAGAGACAAAAAACGAGUACACUGUGUCAAUAAUCGACAACGAACAUUCUAAAACGGCCGGACUAACGGGUCUUUACGGUACUUUAUUGGUAAAAGCAGACGAAAUAUCGAUAACGGACCCUCACACUGGCAAGAUCAAAGUAACACUUCAUUGGACACAAAUACAGUGUAGUUACUUACCUUUGCCGGCUAUACCCGAUGAUUUACAUAAAGUGUGUACGAUACGUACGAACAGGUAAUGUACAACUGAAUUUAUAUUAGUUAAAAUUUAUUAAAGGUUACCUACCUUGUAUAUUUUAAAUAACAAUACUAAUAAUAUAGUAUUAUGUUUUAUUUUUUAACAAUUGGUAUGCUUUAUUAUUGUGACGUCACGCAACAAUUUUUUAAUGAGUACUAUUAUAAAUUAGGAUCGUUGUGGCAUAAUUCAAUGUGAACUAAAGAUAAUUUAUAACGAACGACUUAAAAAAUCAAAAUAAUUUAAAUCUAUUUCCAGAGCAAUGAACCAUUUCGUUUUGUGGUUGAGUGGGUGAAAACUGGAAAUAUAUUUUCUAAAAAUAUUAUAAACCGUGCGUUAUUAUAUUGUAAUUUCCAUUAUGUCUGUAACAUUAUAAUAAUUCGCGUAUCCCGGAUAGUGGGUAUAGGUGUUCGGUAAGAAAAUACUAUAACAAUACAAUAUUAUAUACACUUUAAUCAUAGGCGUAAAUAUAUGAUUUUUAAGUUACCGGGGCUCUACUAACGGAUCACCCAAUAAGUCUCGGGUCGCCUUAAGUAAUAAAAUACCUACUUAGUCACGAUUUUGGGGGGAAGGGCUGUAAACGCCGUUACAAGGGGUAAGCUCGCUAGUUACAACAUUGUAAUAAAAUUAUAUUCUAAUUCUAAAAAAUGAUGAGAUAUUUGAACAUAAAAAUGGUAAAGGUACAUUCUCGCCAAACAUAUAUAUGAUAGUAUGUCCUUGGUUUCAUUUUGGAUAUCUGAGGGAUAUUUAAAGCUAAAAAAAAAAUCUUCGCCCCGCAUCGAUAUGGGAUGAUUCAACGUAUUGACUUAACUUAAUAUUUCGAUACUGGAAUUCAACUCGAUGUUUAUUACUUUUCAAUCCAUCUAUUAUAAAAGCAAUUCCUGAGAUUGAACACGUUUGGCCGCUAAAAGUGUCUAAAUGUAGCGGGGAAAAAAAUAAAUAUUAUAUAUUAUGAAAUAUAGAUAUUGUAUAUACAUAAACAUAAUACAUAACUUUAUAUAUUUUUGAUCUCUAAGAAGGAGAGCUUUAGUCAAUUUUUAUAAUUUUCUUAUGCCUUUUUUUUUAUAAUUUUCUAUAGUUAUACCAUGACUGUGUACUACUAUUUCUUAAUUCCAUAUUUCAACAGUUUUUUGUAAUUUUAAAUUUUGAAUGGAGUGAAAAAGCUUAUGGUUUUACAAUGAUGUUUAUUAUUUUAUUUUAUUUUUUAUCCGUGAACAACUUUUCUACCAGAAAUAUUGUUCCGAUUUACAAGUGAUUUUCUCAAGAGUUUUUAGUUUUCACUAUAUUGAAAAAAUCGGAAACUGAGGAAAACUGAAUUUUUGAUUUCCGUUAGUCCAUUGACGAGGUAUUCCACUUUUGUGUUUGGGUUGGAGGAGAGUAGUGGAAUAUCAUUUGUGUGGCGGUUUGGCGCGCGGCGUGUUAAUAAUGCACUACCACUCUCUCCUAACCCAAACUUAAAAGUGAAAUAUCUCAUCAACGGAUUGACGGAAAUUAAAAAUACCAACACAAAAAUUUAUUUGACGUUUUAAUAUAGGUUGCCAUUUUAAAUUCAAAAUUAGGUAUUAGUUUUACCCCAAAAAUAACAUAAAUAUAAAAUUGUAGAGCUGCUUGUUUCUUAAAUGUCCUAGAAAACAAAUUACGAAGAAAGUUAAUACUUUUCGAAAUAAUGAAUGUACUCACUUAAAUGGAUCAUCUAAAUAUUAAGAUGAAAAAUAAAAAUUAUUAUUUUGAAAUAAGGGGAGGGGAUUUGGCUGGCGAGACCCUCGUUUUUCACUUGGGACCAAAGAUAUAAUAGACAAAAAACAAUGUAGUAAAGUCUUUAUAUUCGAAAAAAAUAAAUUAGGUAUCGCCCAGGCUGUAAUAAUAUAUUUUAUUACACUCGUGUUUUUUUAAAUAUAAUUUGUGCACAGCAAAUUUAAGGCAGGCGACGGUGACUUGGAACUUUAUUGUACUGAAGCGGAUGAACUGCACAAAGAAAUGAUGUCAUGUCCGCGACCGUUGCCCAGAAUCGCCACUACUCCAUUGCCACCCACACCAAAAGAAGUGCAAACGUACAAUAAUAAUAGCAACUGGUCCGAAUCACCGUCGUUGACGCCACCCCGGUGUCUAUUAGAAUCCAGACGAAUGAGUCGAAGCGAAGGGGACCUAAAGAAGUUUGUUUUACAACAGGCACCGCUACUGCGGUCGGCCGGCUCUCAACAACAUCUUUUGAUAUUUCCUCAGAAUAAUUUGGCGCAAAAAGUAAGAUAUUUUUUUUUUUUUUUUAAAAGCGAUCGACCUACUCAUAGGGUGUUUUACCUAUUAUAUUGGCAACCAAUCCAUAGGUACAAUUUAUGAACUAUUUGUGUUUUCUUUAAAAAAAUUAAUUUAAAAAUAGCGAACGAAAUUCGGUUCGACAUGUUUUGAAAUGUCACGAUUUUCACGAUUUUCGUUAAAAUUUAAACAUAAAAAGACGUCUUAGGAUAAUGGACAUGUGUGCAGCCACUGUUAUAGGUAAUUUAAUGCAUACCUGUAAGCAAGCGCAAUUCAGUUCAUAGUGAUGCUUUGUCAACAAUAUAAUGUCAUAUUAUGAUAAAUAAUUAAAUAGGCAUUAAAUAUUGUCUUUAGUAAUAUUUAUUUAAUAUUGUACCGAUUUUCCCGUUUUCCCCGUGUUUUUUCCCGAUUUUUCACCUUUUUUUAGAAAACUCCUGGGAAAAUCGAAAAAUAACCUCCUUAAAUUACCAUGGAGAAAAAUUUCCUUUUAUAAAAUAAGCUAUACUUGAUACAUCGAAGCAAGAUUUCAGGUAAAAAAGUUUGCACAACGAAUCGAGGGGUAUUUGUCGAUUAAAAUAGUCCGAGCGAUCGAUAGCUGGUUCUUUAAGUACACUUAAAAUGCAUUUGUUUUUUCCUUGUUUAUGUAAAAGGGACAAAAUAAAUGCGAAAAUUAUUUUUCGAAACACGGGAUUAAAACUCGUGAACCUUAGGAUGAAACUAGGUAUGUGUAACCAUUCAGCUAAGACAAACAUAUUAUAAAGUUGACAAUAUUUAGUUAUUUAACAUAACAUAUAAUAUCUGCCUAAUAUCAGAACUUCAAAAGCUUUAAUUUCAAAAAUAAGUCAGUCCGCUCAAUUCACCACCGUUCUUAAAUUGGCAAUAUACAUAUCUUUAAAAAUAAAGAGCUGAUACUGAGGACAGGUGUGGCCACUGUUAUAGGUAUAAAAAAUUACUUCUCAAAUGUAUCAUCUGGACAACAUUCCCUUUCAAAAAUGGUGCCACGUGUAUAUAUUUGAGCAAGAUGUCUGAUAGACUUUUGUACAGAAAAAAAAAAAAAACAUUUUAGUAAAACCAAUACAUUCUCGUUACACUCAGAAUCUAAAAACUUAUAAAAUGAAAACUAAAAAACUUGAAAAUAUUAAAUGCCUGUAAAUAGUUAGAAAAUGUCAGAAUAUUUUUAAAAUUUUACCAUAUUUAGAAAAUAUUAAUUAUUUGGUGUAUUCAGUGUAAAUGUCAGACCUCAACAGUUAUUUUGAUUCGAAUUGGAAUAAAAAAACAAAAUCGAAAGUAAUGAAACCGUUGCAGUAUUCCCAUAAAAUUUCUCAGUUUUCUUACUUUUUUUUUCAAUCAUUAUGAAAAUUGCUAGGAGAAUCAAAACAUGUCGGCCUCAGUGCACCAUGUAGUUAUAAAAUUCUACAAAAAGCCCUUUUUGUUUUUUGAUUAGAGCAAGAUUUCUAGUAGAAAAUUUAUUCACAGGUACAACGUACAAACAAAAUUAAAAAUAAAACACAUACUUAGUAAAACCAAUAGAUUCCUCCUUUCGUUCAGAAUCUAAUACAAAUAUACAAUAUGAAACCAUCGAAUAAAAUAUCGGAAAUACAACGAAGUAUUUUAUAUUAUAAACACUCUUUAUUCCACUAUCUCAGCCUCCUGUAGGACCUGAGCUGUUAUGCAGUAAUCCUCUUCAUCUUCCCUAUUGAGAGACAACAUUUGAUUAUAUUUAAUCAUGAUAUACGAGUAUUGACACUUCAUAUAUUAUUAUACUUUUACUGAUUACACAAAUUACUAAUGGCUUUAAAAAUAACUUUUUGAAAUUAUGUUCAGAGUUCAUCACACUAUUUGUUGACCAACGUGGGAUUGCUGUUGGCUACCCCCGGUUAUAGCGAACCUAAUUCGAUGCAAGAUUUACGGUUGAUCGACCAACACAUACUAAGCAGACGUUUGCAGGGUAUAAUCGACGAAGAUGAACACCCAAAGAUCGACGGAAAAAUAGAAGAAGACGACGAGUACGAAGAGAUCUCGCGUAUUAACGUCGAACAAACUUGCGACGACGACGUCGGUGAUAUUGACGACACGCCGCCUCCUUUACCACCUAGACAAUUAAAGUAAAAAUUAUUAUUAUAAACAUGAUAGAGUAAAAUUUAAGAAAACGUGAUAAUUGCAUAGCUAUUUAUUAUCUCAUGCCGGGUUACGUGAAACUUUAUAGAAUCAAUACCUAGAGGACUAUCGGUCCUGUAAAAUUAAAAAUCGUUCUGUAAAAAGAAUAAAUGUUAUUAAAUACAGAAGUAUAAAAUUUAUGAGUUAUUGAACUAAUUUCAGAUAUGUAAAAUAACAGAGCUAUUUAACCAUAAGACAUCGUGUGGCCAAUCCUCUUAUUAUUUAAUUUUCUUGUUACUCAGGCGUUAUUCUGUUCAGUGACAUAAUAAUAUCUAUAAAACAUAAAUAAUAAUGUGCCAUUUUCAUUUGAUAAUUUUGUUGAAAAUAUGAUAAUGAUUUUAAAAUGAUGAUUAAUCAUAAAGGUCAAGACGGUUUAGAGAAUUAUCUUGAAGACGAAUAUGAUUUAGAUUUGAAAAUUGAAAAAUUUUAUUACUUUUUACUCAAACUUCAAACACAAUUAACGACACAUAAUUUAAUUUUCAUUUUUUGUUAGUAAAUAUUAAUUUAUUAUAAUAGUGCAAUAUGUGUGAGGUCGAUUGUUAAUUUAUAUACAUGAUGUACAGAACAUUUGUAUUCAAAUAGGUAAUGAAAUACGUCUAUGAAGUGCAAUUUGUUUAAUAACCGUAAUUUUACAGAACCGAUAAAUGAUUAAACAAACAGUUUACAGAACCGGGAAACAUAGCGAAAUUAUGUGACUUAAAAUUAAAAUGGUAACAUUUAAAUUACGUACGUCACACUCCCCGGAUUUCGGGUUUUUAAAUACCACCUCGAAUUAGUUUGUAAUUUUUUUAAUGGUUUUCAGAAUUUGUUUGGCCUACAUACAAACGUUAUAACCGAAAAUUUGGGGAGGGGGCACUGGAGAAACGUUCUGUAAUGUUUACUCGCGGAUUUUUCGUGUACCUACCUAAUGCCUACUAUUUUUUAGAUACGUCACGAUGGCCACUCUAGGAGGGAAUAACAAAUUGUACAUAUCCGGACCGGUGCCCAUAUAAUUGCGUCAUAGAAAGUCAAACAAAUAUCAUCAUCGUCGAUUCCACAUAUUAUUAUUACAAUGCUAUGAUGAUCUACGAAAAAGACGAGUGGAAAUUAAUAAUUGGAUACCUACUGUAGGAGAUUCUUUUCUGUUGAGACCCGAGAAGAGAUUGUGAACAAAUUAUUUGUAAUAAUGUAACUACUAAUAAUAACAAUAAUGUUGUCAAAGCUUCCGUCGUCGACUAAAGAUGUGGCAGCAUAAGUCAAUGUCACCACAAGUCGAGUAUAAUACAAAAACGUUUCAUGAAAAAAAAAAAAAACAGCCAACCAACCAACAACCACGCGAGUUCAACAAUAACAUUAUGACCAUCAUAUAUAAUAAAUCGUACAGUAUGCAACACACGCCGUAAAAAUAUUAUAUUAUUAUUAUUAUGUCAAGUCCUAUUCGAAAUGAAAUAUAAUGUUACCUAUGUUUAAUUAUUACAAUACCGUUGAAAUAAUAAUAUUAUUAAUAAUAUACCUGUAUAUGAUAUUUACCUCGACCUCGUGCGCGU